GUUUUCAAACAUAACCAAUCUCCUUUAGUAAGUUCUCAGUCCAAGUUUGAAUUCUGCGUUGUUGUGAUACUAGAUCAGUUAGAGCAACUUCUUCUGCUGCUGACAUGACUGUCGUGCUAAAAGGAUGGGGCAGUCAUGUCACACUGCCCUCUCUUGAUGGAAGUUGUCACUCUCUCACAGGGCAGACAAAGCUGCAAUCACCCUCUUAGGCCGGCUCACUCCUUUGUUUUUUGACCUUGCUCUCUCCCAUUCAGUUAUAAAUGCUGUCUGUCACUUGAAAAUCAUUGUCAUGUUAUCAUGUGUAAAGCUUCCAGGCUCAAUAGUUGAAUAAAAAUCCCUCUAUGCUUCAGUCAAAAUAGAGCUAAACUUUUAUCAGAGAAUUUAAAAAGGGAUCCUCAAAACAUAAUUUGUUGUUCAAACACUUUUUUGCAAUCUGUCUGGCAUUGAUUCUGCACGUUUUUGUAGGUUUUGAGAAUCCAGAUUUAUUUUCAGCACCCUAUUUUUAAAAGUUUCCAGAAAUGUACGACUGGGAAAGCAAACACUAGGGAGGGCAAUGUCUGUUGAGUCAGUCAGUCAGUCCACCACUUCGAUCCAUACUGCAAUAUCUCCGCAACUGUUACGUGGAUUGUGAAAUUUGGAGCAGAUAUCUAUGAUGCCCAGAGGAUGAAUGUCUGUCUUUGGUCCUUCAUCCACUGACAACAACAACAACAGUCUCCCACCAUGUCUGACUGUUUUAUGCACCGUUACACCACCCCUCUGAUGUGCCUGCCUCACAGACUAUAAACACACAUCUGUGACACAUGAGCAGUGGUGAUGUAAUUUACUCAAUAUCUGGGGGAUAUCUGCAAUCCCCUUAACUCACCGUCUAGCAGGUGCCUGGUCUCUCAUGCUGGUAUUUAGAGAGGAAGCUUGAAGGUUAUUUCACCCUUUUUGCAAUGAGCUUUACUUUUGAACUGAACAAGAGUCAAUUUAUAAAAUAAACUUAUACAACUGAACACCAGAGACAAAACAGACAUCCUUUCCAAAAAGUAUAUCCCUACAUCGUUGGGUUAGCAAAGAACCAUCUACUAGAAGAGCACUAAAUGGAGUCAAUAAAAACAUCACUCUACACUACUCUUGAAAAGCAUAUCCAUUCUGAUCCUGUGUUAUCUGAUAAUAUCCACCUGUACAUUACCUUGCCUUUCUUUUAUUGUGUAGUCAGUCAUUUCACAAGCUCCACUGGUUCAGCAUGUGUAACAACAUAAUAAUGACAUAAACAGAAAUGGUGAAUGCAUCUCUGUUUACUGCCCCCAGGGUGCUGCCACAUAUUUGGCUGGGCAGCUGCCCUCGACAGGUGGAACACGUGACUAUAAAGAUGAAGCAUGAAUUGGGGAUUACUGCAGUGAUGAACUUCCAGACAGAGUGUGAUGUGGUGAACAACUCCGAAGGCUGCAGGCGCAACCUUGGAGAAGCCAUGACCCCCGAGACCAUGAUGCAUUUGUACAAAGACUGUGGCCUGGUGUACGUGUGGAUACCCACACCUGACAUGAGCACUGAGGGUCGGAUCCGGAUGCUUCCCCAGGCUGUAUUUUUGCUUCACGGCCUCUUGGAGAAUGGUCACACUGUGUAUGUUCACUGUAACGCUGGAGUAGGCAGGUCGACGGCAGCUGUGUGUGGCCUGCUCAUGUACGUCCUUGGCUGGAGCCUGAGGAAGGUGCAGUACUUCGUCUCAGCCAGGAGGCCGGCAGUGUACAUAGAUGAGGAGGCUUUAGUCCAGGCUCAGGCAGAUUUCAUUCAGAAGUUUGGACAACUACGAUCAUCCAUCUCUUACCCAGAUACAUGACAGUUGAGUUUCCUUACACUGAAGUCUUCAACAUUGAAGCAUUGAAUUUACAGUUAUGGAAAGCUCCACUGGACUGGACUAGCGGAAACUAGAAUGAUUUCUGAAAAGAGAAUACUCUAUAGUCAGCACCAAAAGGUGAAAUAACCUCAAGCAAGAAAAUGAACUUAAAAAAUGAGCCACUUCAGCUGAGUGGCUUUCAAAAUCUGGUAGAUCCCAAAGUAUCUGAAGAGAGUUCUGCUGGCUGACAGCAUAAAUGUUCCAAACUAUUAAUCCUGCUGUGAUGUUCUAGCUUGUAACUUCAGGAAUUACCUUCUACCAUUUAACAUAAACAGUUGCAUAUUGUGCACUUGGAGUCAGCUUCAGGACACUCUAGUAGUGCUCAGUAAAGGUCUGCAGGGGUGUUUCUUUUAGUCUUUUUUGUACUGAUCAAUUCAGAGAAGGCAAUUUUAGUUUAUGUGUUGAACAGCAAUGAAUGAGAAUUAAAACAGCAAAAAAAAAGUAUCGCUGUACUACCUUUACCGUUUGAUCUCAUCCAACAGGCUGUGCUCCUCGGUAAAGGAUUUUUUUCCACAGUUGCUAAUGCAUGGUUAUGCAUCAAUUAUUUUUUCUUACUGCCGCAUGAACAUGGCACUCCUUGCCAAAGCAACAAAUCAAUUCCUAAAACCAAAAUAACGAUAAUGCCUAUCCCUCUCUGUCAGAGAGGUAUUCAGCUCCCACACAUUGAAGAAUACAGCUCCGCCCCAUCUCUCCCAGAGAGCUUGGUAGCAUUUCAUCUUUAUUUAUUAAUCCGACAGAUGCUAUUCCGACCCAUCUCCUAAAUAACGAAAACAACAUCACUGCCAGACCAUUUUAAUGCAUACACAAUUAGACUUUAUUGGAAUACUGUUUGUCAAUUUUGAACGUCUGCCUACACUCCUACUGACGAUAUAUUGCUUUUUUUUAAGUUCCUUUUUUUUGUUACCUGUCCCGGAUUUAAGAAAGUUAGUAGAUUUGAAAGGAUGAAAGACUUCUCCUCAAGCACAAGUCUUACAUUUCAGUGAGUCCCUCCAGACACCUUCUGAAGGUGUCAGUGGGGAUGGGUGGGUGGAUUGAACCAUGCAUGUGUACUAGCGGAAGCAAAUCAUUGUGGAUUUUUAAUAUGUUCAAAGACUAUUCACUAAAAUAUGAUUCCUAAGUGAGUAACAUGCUUUUCUUUUUUUCUUUUGAAGCAGCAGAGUGUUUACUGGUUUUAGGAAAAGUAUGUCUGUGUAUACAAUGGAUGUAUAAAGAGAACUGGAUACAGUGUUGGACGCGGCAAUCCGUGUAUUUCCCAUGAAAGCUGCUGGGGUUUAUCACUGAAUGGAUGCCCAUGUAAUUGGUAAACAUGUUGCAUUUAUUCCACUGGGUUGUUGUCAGUGAUUGAUGUUGGAAAGUAUUUGUAGUCCAUAUGAUUUCCGGGAUCUGCCAAUCACCUAUACCGGUUCCCCCGGAUCCUUGCUUUCACAUUAAAGUAAGCGUUAGAGAGAAUUUGCAACUGUCAAAGAGAUGGCUUUUUAUGGUGCAGAUGAAGCCACAAAUAUUUCGAAAGUACCGUUUAUUCCAGAAUGUGCCAGGAGGAUAUACUGUGUACUUGUUUUGAGCCUAUUGUUUUGGCAUGCAAUGUCCCUGCAAGCCAUCAGCUUGUAUGUAUUCCUAUUGCUUCUUCUAUUAGUGUAUUUUAACAGGUAAUGUUAAUUUUCUAUACAUGCUAUGCAGUUUCAAAUGCUCUUUGUCAGAGUGUUCCAAGUGGCAAAUUUAAAUCAGUACAAGUUCAUGACAGUGCCACAGCCUGUUAUCAGCCACGACAAAAACAAAAUAAUAGAGCUGUGAAUCUACAGAAAGUCUGAAAUGGCAAAUCGCACCAGCUGUGACAAUUGUAUCAUCAUUUCUACAGCAGCAGUGGGAAUACUGCCCAUCAGUGUAUCGAAGACAGCAAGUACGCCGGACAGCUGAUCCCUGGUGGCCUCUGGGUUAGCACUGUACUCUCCAUCUGCUUGUUGACUAGAAAAGUCUAUUGUACAUGAGAACUAUACUUAGGGUAACUUCCCUAACCAAGUUCAUAGCCUGCUCCAUGGCACCGCUGGUGUUGCAUGCACAUAAUUGAGAAACAUCACAUGUGCAGUGCAGACACGUUUUAUCCUUGUCAAAAAUACAUUGAUGCCAAUGAAAUUCUGCGUAAUUCAGCCACAUAAUCAAGUAGUUUAGUUACACUCAGACUACAAAAGCAAUGACCACAUACCUAAUAUAAAGAAUAAAGCAAGUUGAGUGGGUGCACCAUAGAAUUGCAACACUGGAUCCUUGUGACAUUUCCAUCAGGGCUGAAAAGAACCACACUGAAAAGGUCAAAGUUAUAAGAUGAAAACACGGACAACUCCCAGACCGGAACAACGUCGUGGUAGCGAUCUAUCAAUCAAGGAAUCCCCGCCCUAAAGUAUAACCUGCUUUAUUAUCUAUUUUGCUCUAAAUUGGUCCAUAAUUUGCGAAAUGAAAACCGUGCUGUAUUGGAGAAGACGUGAAAGAUUCAAGCCAUGGGUGAAGAUACUCAGAUGGGGGGGGCGGUAUAUUCUCAUGAGCCUGCAUGUGACAUAGGGAGGGGAGCCAAACCUGAAUGAGUCAUUUAAUCAAGUUUCCUAAUCUAAGCAGCCCCACAGUUUGUGGGUUGGUAGGCACUCCAGAUACCCAAAUGGUUGUGCACAAGCACCAAAAAAGUAAUUCUUUUUCAUGAUAUGUCCCCUUUAAAUUCAGUGUACGAGAUAUUACAGGAUUUAUUUGUUGCAGCAGACAGCACAUAUACACUGUGCAGAGAUAUUACAGAGUGCAGGUAGACGACACAAUUCAAACUUAGUACAGAAGUAUAUCACUCUACGUAAGAUACAUUUUCUAUUUGUACGGUUGUAUUUAUUCUCAACCAUUGCCUCAUUUCAUCCAACAGUUUGGUAACAAACCUGUUUCCAGUAACAAGCCAGACACUCAGUCCACGUCUUGCAAAGGGCUCAUUAAAUGUUCCUCUGCUUUAUUUUGCAUAUCUGCAAGAUGGAUGAGCUGAGCUAUUUAAAGUCAGUACGGCACAUUCAUAAGAAGUCUUUAUUUGUUUAUUUUCUGUAAUAGAUAUUAUCUAAACUUAGCCAGACAGUUUAUUUCAGGUUUGGAGAGUGAAUUGUGUUUUGUCCAAUAAGCCUGUGGUCUACUAAGAUGCAUGAUGAUGAUUUUGAACAUGAACUCUGCCCUUUGAAACGUUUGCCAUCCGUCUUCCAUGCAGUUCUAUUAGCUAGAACAGUCUGCACUAGGCAUGCAUUCAUCAGAGAGAGUUAAAGCCUUUUUCACCUGCAAAGACAGUCACACAAAUGAUUUAGGGUGUAUUCAUCAACAUCAGUCAAGGCACCAUUGGUCAAUUUACUUAAUAGUUUCCAUGUCCAUCCAUACCAUUUGCAUGGUGUGGCUUAAGAAUGGGCCUGAGCCAUCUGUGGCUGAAACAAUAGAUCGGCCAUGUCCAUAUGAAAUUAAAGUAGUUUGCCUUUU